AUGCGGUUAGUACUGCUCCCGCUGCUGGUCGUACUGCUGGUUGGAGUGGUCAUCGCCGAUGAGGACUACUAUAAAAUCCUUGGGGUUGAGAAGGAUGCCGACGAUCGCACGAUUCGAAAAGCAUUCAAGAAGCUCGCCAUACAGAAACAUCCCGAUAAAAACAAGGAUAAUCCUGGUGCUCACGCAGAGUUUGUGAAAAUUAACAAGGCCUACGAGGUGCUGAAAGAUGAGGAAAUGCGUAAACGAUACGAUCAGUACGGCGAGAAAGGACUCGAAGACGGUUUCCAAGGCGGUAACACCUACCAGUCAUGGCAGUUCUACAACGAGAAUUUCGGUGAGUUGUCCCGUUAUGAGUUCAUAGAUGGUAAUGGAAGGGAGGAAAAGAGGACAGAAUCGUUGAAAACACCUUAG